ACCAGCCCUGACUACAUCAUCCCAGCCAAGGCUUUGUCUACCCGGGUCUUCAAAACCCCCAAGGAUGGAGACUGCACCAUCUCUCUGGGUGACCUGUUCCAGUGCUUCACCCUGCCUAGUGAGAAAGUCCUUCCUCAUCUCCUUUUUUUUGCUGCAAUUUGCUGCCCUGCAGAUGAUCCCUGCGAUUGCCCUGCAGAUUUAUCCUAGUCUCCGCGCAGACAGCCCGUGCCCAGCUGGGUCCAGGCAGGCAGGAGCUGCGGUUCUCCCUCCGCCCGGCGCUGGCCGCUGUGGGCAGGGCGCGGAGAGCAGGCAUGGCCGCGCAGGCUCCCGGCGGAGCAGCGUGCCCGCAGGUGGCCCAGAUGUCCCUGUGGACCGUGGUGGCGGCGGUCCAAGCCCUGGAGAGGAAGGUGGACUCUCAGGCCGCCCGGCUGCUGGGCCUGGAGGGGCGCUCGGGGCUGGUGGAGAAGAAGCUGAGGGUCUGCGAGCAAAGGGCGCUGGAGCUGGGCGGCCAGCUGGAGGGGAAGUGGGGUGCACUGGGCAGCCUGAUCCAGGAGUACGGGCUGCUGCAGCGGCGCCUGGAGAACAUGGAAAACCUGCUGAAGAACAGGAACUUCUGGAUCCUGCGCCUGCCGCCCGGUGCCAAGGGGGAGAUCCCACAGGUGCCGGUGACGUUCGACGACGUGUCGGUCUACUUCAGUGAGGAGGAGUGGGAGAGCCUGGCCGGCUGGCAGAAGGAGCUGUACAAGCACGUGAUGAGGGGCAACUAUGAGACCCUUGUUUCGCUGGACUACGCCAUUUCCAAGCCGGACAUCCUGUCCCGCCUCGAGCGAGGCGAGGAGCCGUGCAUCCGGGACCAGCUGGCGGCGUGGGAUGGACCAGAGAAAGGAAGCCAGGAGAAGGAAGGAUGGGUGGCAGGUGGGACCCAUGCAGUCCCCGGCACAGGAAAUGCCGUUUCCAAUCCUGACGUCCUCCCACGGGCUGCUGGAGCAGAGGAGCUGCAUGUCAGGGACCGGGGAGGUGCAGCGCGAGAGACCCCUGCAGAGCCCAGCACAGCGUCUCCUGUUCCCACGUCGGACGCUUUAACCUGGAUCAAACGGGAGGCAGCGCCGGGUGCAGGUCUGCAGGAUGCAGAGGAGAGAGGAAUCCCGCCAGGCCCCGGAGCAGCCGGCAGUGGGGCGACCAGCCGAGGGCAGGACCAGCGGCAGGAGGGGCACUCGGACACACCGGUGAAAUCAGAGGAGGAGGCAUCCCCAUGGAGCCUCCAGGCACAGGGUGCAGCCCAGAGCAACCCGGUGCCACCCACCAUCACCCGGGUGGAGAAAUCCACCCAGUGCGGGAGGGACUUCGGCCUCUUCAAGGGCUUCGUCCUGCAGGGUGGGGAGAAGCCAUUUGCCUGCGGAGAGUGCGGGAAGAGCUUCCGGCUGAAGGGCAACUUCGUGAAGCACCUGCGGAGCCACGCCAAGGUGCGUCCCUACCAGUGCACCGAGUGCGAGAAGAGCUUCAACUGCCAGUCGGAGCUGCAGCGGCACCAGAUGAUCCACCGCGGGGAGAAGCCGUACCCGUGUGGUGAGUGCGAGAAGCGCUACAGCCGCAAGGUCUACCUGCUCAACCACUUGCGCGUGCACACAGGCGAGCGCCCUUUUCCCUGCCCGGACUGCGGCAAGAGCUUCCGCCAGAAGGCGGUGCUCGUCUCCCACCAGCGCCUGCACACCGGGGAACGCCCCUACCGCUGCGGCCAGUGCGGGAAGAGCUUCACGCAGCAGUCCAAGCUCACCAACCACUACCGCACCCACACAGGCGAGCGCCCUUACAAGUGCAGCCAGUGCGACAACAGCUUCAGUGAGAAGUCCAAGCUCAACAGCCACUACCGCGUGCACACGGGGGAGCGGCCCUACAAGUGCGCCCAGUGCGACAAGAGCUACUGCCGCAAGGAGUACCUGCUCAACCACCAGCGCCUGCACACGGGGGAGCGGCCCUUCCAGUGCCCCGACUGCGGCCGCAGCUUCAUGCUCAAGAGGAGCUUCGUCAAGCACCAGCGCAACCAUGCCAAAGAGCGGGGCGGCGCGGUGGAGCCCCAGGGGAGCAGCGCCAGGGAUGGCUCGGCAGGGAAGGAGGAGUCGGAGGGACGGCAACUGCCCCGGUGCAGCACCUGUGGGAAGAGCUUCCAGGACGUGGAGUCGCUGAAGGAGCAUCAGGCACUGCACAGCGCAGAACGAGGGCAUCCGGAGGGGUCCGAAGCUCCCGGGCAGGAUGCCGAGGCCAAGCUGCUGGUUGUGAAGAUGGAAGAGAUGUGGUAGCCCGUGCGGGGAGGCCAGGAGGGUGCAAGGCCGGAGGGGUUUGGAGAUAGGCUGCAGCCCAUGCUGACUUGGACCCUGUGUUGGCUGAGCCCCCGAGGGGGUUGAAUGCCCAGCCGGCAGGCUUCAUUCACUGGUGAUGCUCAGCAGGGCGGGUGCGUCUGUAAACAGGAAGCCCAGCAGCAAGGCUAGGAGGGCGUCCGAGUGAGCCCACCUCUGCUGGGGAGAGGAUACCCCUGGGAGGCAGGUGGGACGGUGGGUGAGGAGCACAUUGUACGGGAGACGCUUGACCAUGCCUGGCUUGGCAAGACUGCAUCUCAGCUGCACAAGGUAUAUACUGACAUCUUCAGCGUGGUCCCCGGCAGAGGCAUGGCAGGUCUAGGCUGCUUCUGUGGCUGACAGCCCCGAGCCAGGGCGACCUGUGCAGGGCACCUGAGCUGAGCUGUUCCUUUGGGGAGGGCCUGUGUGCGUGUGCGCAUGCGUAUGCAUGUGUGUGUGGCCUGGUUUUGCUGUUUUUUAUCACGUGGCAUACAGAUCUGAACACGACUUCUCACACCUAACGGGAACAGGAUGGUCUUGGAGCGAGGAGGCAGCUGCCCACGCUCCAAGCCCUGUGGGACUGUAAUUAGUACUGUGCCCUGCUAAUUGAAGGCUGACAGGGCACCCUGAAUGAACACACUGGCUAGGAACACGUGACUUGGCAGCGCAGCGAGUGUGCCCGUGCCCAGGUACCCUGCUCCAGGGCACUAUAAAUACUCAUAAUGAACACAUCUCACCGCUAACACACACCAGUGGGAUGUGCAAAGUGGGAUGGAGGCUGCUGCUACGUGUUGUUUCCAGUUGCUCACACAUGUCACUUGCCCCCCUUGCUUUGGUUCCCUCCCCGGCUCAUUUUUAAUGUCAUUACAGUAAUUGGGAGAAGGCAGAUUUGCCUUUUCCCUGCAGUUAGGAUGCUGCCAACUGCAGUGGUUGUAUUAAGAGUCGUGAGCUACUGGUUGGCUUUCAGCCCACAGGACUCAUGCCAGGUGACUUUUGCCCUGACUCCCAUCUUGUGUCCGCACUGUUGUGCCACUGGUAUAGGACACAUGUUAGAGGAGACAAUGCUUUCCUGCCUGGUUUCCCUUGAAGCAGGUCUCUGCUUGUGCCCAGUUUCACUCUCCAGGACUUCCUUUCUGCCGCAGCUCCAUGUGCCUCUGGUGCUGACCCCGUCCUCUGAAUGAUGGUGUUUGUCUGACACGGGUGCGCUUUGCUUGGAUUUUCCUUCUUUUUUUCCUUAAAUGAUCUUGCGAUGAAUAAAAAGCAAUGAAGGUGAAGGUCCAGAA